AGUCUGGGAUGGCGCUGAAUUGCGAGCGAGUUCGCAGCCAAACUUUGUAGCGCCGAGGCAAAGCAGAAAAAGUUCGCCAAGGAGGCUGAGUUCCGCUGCCAUGUUUCUCCUGGACCUCCCGUGUAAACCAGCGUAUGGACUACAAGCUACAAAAACCUGCGCGGGUUGUCGUCUCGUUAAAGUGGAUUUAUUUGUGGGAGACCCAAGUCAUCGCUUUGCUGCCUUCGCUGCACGCUGCUGUAGUUUCAAUGGACUGUCGUCUCUCUUAUCAUCCACUGGACUGAAAUGCAUUGCUUAACUUGGAGAUACGAGAGAGGGAGCAUGAGAAGGACUUAUACCAUGUAGCCUGGCGUCGGUUCUUUCUAACAAAAUGCAUUCCCCCCGUGACAAGGAACUGGCGCUCUUAACUCGGAAACACCGACUCAUGGCUGCGUCCAUGCCCGGCGAGGAUAGCCCUUUGCCGGUCAACACUUCCAGAGCCGACCGCAACGGCCUGGGGGGACUCGUGCACUGUUUUAUAUGCGGAAGCGGGGUAACGGCAGGGAAGGAGCUAAGGCUGCAAGUGACCUAUCAAAAGGAACGAUUUCCCUUUUUCCCUUUCCUUCAAAACCAGGAGCCAGCUCCAGGUGCGAGUGAGCUGAGCCCGGAGGGUCACGCGCUGGUGUGCGCCGUGUGUCACUGCUUCCUCGCGGAGCAGUGGAACUCCUUUGAGAGGAGCAGGACGCCCAUUGAGAAACGCAUGUACUGGCUAAAGCGGCCCUACCAGUGCGAUUCUCGCCGGGUCCCGCAGGAGUGGAACAUCUCCUACGAGCUGGAGAGGAGGAUCAGCACCGGCAGUCACAACUACGAUGGAGGAGCCGAGUCGGACUUCUCAUCCUUCUCUGACAACAUGUCAGACCAGGAGAUGGAGGUGGUGGACAGGGGCGGAGGGAACAAGGACAAGUGUCUGAGAGCAGCUGGUAAAUCACAGAGAGAGGUAAACAGGAAAAACUGUGUUAAAAACAGCCCCGAUUCCCCCCGGACACUCCAACGCUGUCCGGUUGGAGUCUACCCAGGGUCACCAAAUCCAGAAAGCGUGCUGUCUACGAGACGUGCACCUAAACUGAUGAAUAACGUGUGCCAGACAACAUUUUCUUUGGCAAAGUUCCAGGAGAGCGUACCCCAGCGGAGCCGUGAUAAUAAUUUCCCUGACCCACCUGUGCUGGACAACGGAGUCAUUAUGCGCAACAGGUUGUGGUUGGAGGAUGGGACUGGGAAACACGUCUCACCUGGUUAUCCUUCCACCACCUGCCACUCUAAAUGUAAUCACGAUGUUCCAAGAGGGAGCAACUCGGAUGAGGAUGAGAUUAACAUCACAAGUGAUGAAGAUGGGGACAUUCACCGUCGUAAAAAUGUCACACACCGUGGUUCUACUGGUGACCUUUUGACCCCCAAAGUUGCACAAUUGCAUCACAAUGUAGAGUCAAAUGCAGAUGGAUGCGUGUGCUUCAUCUGCGGAACUGAAUUUGGGCGAGGCGGGAGUUAUAAAGUGAGUGUCCAAAAGCAGGAAACGGCACCGGGGGAACCUUUUUUUCCCUUCCUGUGGCUGCACAGCCCCCCUCCAGGUGCAUUACCCAUCAGUUCCGCAGGUGCCACCCUAGUGUGCGGGAGCUGUCACACCUCACUCAUGCAACAGUGGCACAACUUCCAAACGGCUGAGGUUCCUGUGCUACAACGCCUCUAUGUUGUCCCGCUGAACUUGCAGAACAGGCCUACUCAGCCGAUGGGCUCUGACCCCAAGGGUGCCUGUGAGGCCUGUUUUUUAUGCGGUCAGGAGUGCGGAGCAGAUAAAGUAGUGCACGCGCAAGCUAGUUUGGGGAAGUCUCGCAGUGUGAUGUAUUUUCCCUUCAUCAAUAUGCUCCCCUGCCCACCCAAUGCCCGGCCAAUGCGAAAUGGGUGUGUGCACUGCUGCUCACAGUGUCUUUUAAUCCUUGAGGACAUCUGGAGUGCUUAUCGCCUUUGUCUCAGUGAAGACCUCAUCACCUCUGUCAGCUCCUUUCUGGUCAGGUACCAUUCCGUCAUGGCCAUCGAAGGGUUCGGUUCUGCUCGUUCUCAAACAGGGAUGUCGUCUAAGAGCUCUGCGUCAGUGUGUUACUUAUGUGGAUCGGACUUAUCUACGGGCUGUGAGUUCCAGCUUCAUGUCAACCCUCCUGGACGUUGUGGUGAGAAGGAGCCAUUCUUCCCGUUCCUCACAGUGCAUCCGCCUGCUCCUCGAGCCAAGCCAGUUGAUUCCACAGGCCUGGUGUCGGCCUGCACCCUUUGCUACCACGACCUGCACAAUCAGUGGGCCCAGCACGAAAGCCGAGGCCUGGGCCCCACCACACCCUCGACAUCUGGCUCUUCAAGCUCUCCUUGGGCCCGCCAGUACACCUGUGAGGUGUUUGUGUGCUUUUUCUGCAGGCAGGAGCAGCACAGGCAAGGGCGACUGUCCGUGGUCACUGUGGCUAGGCUACCUGUCUUCCUCUAUGCGCCGCGCAGUGCUCACACGCUCAUGGUGGAUGACGGAAGGAGGCUGAUGGUUGGCUCGUGUGUGGAUUGUAAGGCCAUGGUUCAGGUGGGCCAAAGCGUACCGGAGGACAGAGAGAGGAUGCAACAUGGAACCUCAGAUGAAGAGAGAGAAGUACAAUUAACCUCACCACAACCGGGACAACAGGCCUACACUGUGACAGAGGAGCCAACCAGAAGCGGUGAGGAAGCGAACUCAAAGACCUCCCAACCUGCAAGUGACCUCACUGCUAACACAGUGACCUCGGAGCCAGAGAUAUCCGAGUCGGUCGACCGCCCAUGUUCCAGCAUGAGCCAUGAGCCAAAGUCGCCAUCCAUAGGAAUGAUCUCCACGGCAACUCGUACAACGGCGACGGUCAGCCCUCUCACCCCGUCGCCUCUUAAUGGCUCCAUCGUAGCCAAUGGAAGUCCAGCUGCCCAGUCGGCUCACUCUGGAUUCGCUGCAGCCCUCCGAAAAUUGGCAAAACAGGCGGAAGAACCAAGAGCUGCCUCCUCCAUCAGCAGUGAAUCCUCCCCGGUGUCUUCGCCAGCCACCAACCACAGUUCACCAGUCAGUACGCCCAAGAGGGGUCCUCUCGGUCCAGGGCCUGUCCUGGUUCCCCCAGCAGGCCACAGUGUGCCAAACACUCCACCUGUCGUCACCAUUGCUCCAACCAAGACUAGCAACGGCCUCUGGAGGAGCGAGGGACGCCAGGCUGAUUCGGGGCCUCGCGGGGCCAGCAGGGAACGCCUGGCUCCAGAGGGGACCCUCUCCCAGGAAAAAGGCCCCUCUGUCCCGGCUCACCUCCUGGGAAACCCAUACGCCUUUGGUCUCCCCCCUGGUGCUGUAAUGCAGGAUUCACGUUUCCAACCGCUCAACCUUCCAAGACAGUUGCCUAAUGCUGUGCCGCCUGGUCCCGUACCAGAAGAGUACCUCCGUGGAUUCAGGCCCUAUGCCACAACUGAGGAUGCCCUCCGCAUGCCCUCUUUGCCAUUGGGCCUUGACCCCGCCACUGCAGCAGCUGCCGCCGCUGCGUACUACCAUCCCAGCUACCUGCCCCACCCUUCUUUCACCCCGUACAGGAUGGACGACCCAUUCUGCCUCUCUGCUUUGAGGUCACCUUUCUAUCCGCUACCAGCAGGGGGAGCUUUACCCCCCAUCCAUCCAUCUGCAGUCCAUAUGCACUUAUCAGGGGUCCGCUACCCUGGGGACUUCACACACCCUUCACUUUCAGCACUGCAGUCAGAGAGGCUUCAGCUGGAGGAUGAGCUGCGGCAACGCGAGAGAGAGCGGGAACGCGAGCGGGAAAAGGAACGAGAGCGAGAGGCUGAGAGAGAGAAGGAACGGGAGCGCGAGAGGGAACGAGAGCUGGAGAGGGAACGAGAGCGGGAACGAGAAAGAGAGCGAGAGCGGGAACGGGAAAGAGAGAGAGAAAGAGAGCGAGAGGAGAGGGAAAGAGAAAAAGAACUGGAGAGGCAAAAGGAGAGAGCGCUAAGAGAGAAAGAAAUACAAGCCUCCAAGGCUAUAGAGAACCACUACCUGGCUGAGCUGCAUGCCAUGAGAGGACAGGAGGACCGAACCAAGCCAGAGAGACUCACCCCUAAUCGGGCUGAUAAAACCAAAGAGCCCCCCCUUCCAGCUCCAAAACCAGUCCCACCUGGACUGCAUUCUGCAAUGGUACAAUCACAUCAUCCAGUCCCAGGUCUAAUCUCCGGCCACAGCCUCUACAUGGGGCCCGGCGCUGUGGGGACAGGUCUCCCGACCUCAAUAAUCGCUCCCAGGAACAAUGAGGAAGAGAGGUGGUUGGCAAGGCAACGCAAGCUGCGGCAAGAGAAAGCCGAUCGCCAGUACCAGGUGUCGGAAUUUCGCCAGCAGGUUCUGGAACAGCACCUGGACUUGGGACGGAAUCCUGACGCACCAGAACACAGAACGGACUUGCACAGACCAAAUAACCACGAACCAGGAAACCGAGACCUCCAUUCCCACUUAGGUGCACCUCCGCCUCUCAUCUCCCCCAAACCCUCCCAACUCCCACGUGAACAUCACCCUCCACCUCCCACAACCCUGUGGAACCCAGCUUCUCUAAUAGAGACACCCUCAGAAUCCCGACGCACCCACGAUCCCUCAGGGAUGGGACACUACGAGCUCAGUCGGUUACCGCCUGGCCCCUCCAAGUAUGAGGAUGGGGCCAGGAGGAGAGACAGUGGAGUAAUGGAGAAAUAUCUGCAACCGAGAGGCCCGCCUGGCCUGCAAGAGCCCAGUACAUUCCUUGCCGAUCUGGAGAAAUCCACCCACUCUUUCUUCAGCCAGCAGCGGGCGUCCAUGUCCCUGUCUAGCCAGUAUGAAUUAGAAGGGGCCAUCAAAAGCAACACUGGACUGAAGAGCAGCCAAGCGCACGGUCGUCAUGGACAAGCAGUCGGCAUUGUGUCUGCUUCGAGUGCGGGACAGGAAACAGUGCCAGACACAAUGCUCAUCUAUGACGAGCUUCUUCAGCAGCAUAGAAGGCCAGUCAGUAAACUGGACUUGGAAGAGAAGAGAAAGAGGGAAGCCAAGGAGAAAGGUUACUACUAUGAGCUGGAUGACUCGUAUGAUGAAAGCGAUGAGGAGGAGGUUAGGGCACAUCUCAGGAGGGUAGCAGAGCAGCCCCCACUCAAACUUGAUGACUCCACAGAGAAAUUGGACUUCCUUGGAAUGUUUAGCCUGACCACUGUAGGCCGGCGGGAGGAGUUGGUGCAGCAGAAGAGAAAAAAGCGGCGGAGGAUGCUCAGGGAGCGCAGCCCCUCGCCAGCUGCCUCACAGUCCAAACGCACUCCUCCCCCGCAACUUAGCACGCGCUUCACCCCCGAGGAGAUGGACCGAGCGCCGGAGCUGGAGGAAAAGAAGCGCUUCCUCACUAUGUUCCGUCUUUCUCACGUCACCCUCCAGCAGAGACGAGAUAAUGAAAGGGCAGUGGAGCUGCUUCAAGCCAUUAAAGAGAAGAGCGUAACCUUGGAUACCAUCAGACAUGCUCCUCAUCCGCUGUGCAAAAGCCCUCCGACGCAGCUAUCUGACUCUGCAUGUUCCCAGCCCAACUCGGAAUCAGAAGACCACCACGUCAGACCCCAUAGCCCUUCCUCACAUUGCCCGUUGUCCCCGUCCCCUAACGGCCAUCCAAAACUCCUCGGGGACACGCUAAGACCAAAGGAUCCUCCUUCUCCAGCUGUCUACCCAGACAAGGCCCGGGGGCCCACCGACGGCCCGGCCUCCAAGCGGAAUUCCAGCCUGCUGAACAGCUUGCGGCCCCCGCUCCCUCUACAGGCCAAGGAGGGCGUCCACAGCGUAAACGGACGCACUAAACCCUGGGACAGCUUCACCCCAGAGGAAUUUGCCCAGCAGUUUCAUGAAUCAGUGCUGCAGUCCACUCAGAAGGCACUUCAGAAACACAAAGGCGGGGCUACUGGGAUGUCGGAGUCAUCUCCCCUUCAGGAGUCAUCGGUUCAUUACAACAUUCCGGAGCUCCAGGGCGCCCCCGGCAGGCCACCUCCACCGCACUCCCAGUCGCACUCCAGCACGCAUCCGUCGGCCCUCGCGCUGGCGCACGCACACCCCCAGCCCAAUGGGCAGCACUUCUCCGCACCGCUCCACCGCGACGCCUCAGGGAUGAGGGAGGACCCGUCCGCUUCAGAGGACGAGGACGACGAAGAAGAGGAGGGGGAAGAAGGGGCUAUCCCGGCUUCCAAGUGGCAAGGGAUUGAAUCCAUAUUUGAAGCUUAUCAGGAAUAUGUCGAAGAACAAAGUCUUGAGCGACACGUGUUGCAGAACCAGUGUCGAAGGCUGGAAGCUCAGAAGUACAACCUCAGUCUCACUGCUGAACAGCUAUCGCAUACCAUGGGGGAUCUAAUGUCUCAGAGGCAAAAGCUGGCCAUGGAAAGGGAGAAGCUGCAAGCGGAGCUGGAACACUUCAGGAAGUGUUUGACUCUGCCACAGACACACUGGCCCAGAGGUGGACAUUACAAGGGCUACCCUCCAAGGUGACACCCCCUCCCCUCCAAAAACAACACAUCAGAUGCCCCUCUCCCCCAGAUAAUUCUCCUCUCAGACUGACAGUAGAUUUUCCCAAACCACUUGGCUGCACGGGGGAGAACCAGGCUGAUAGAAAAGUGAAGGAAGGGUGGUCUGCGCCACAAGCCAGCGUGUGCCAACAUGGCCACUGAGAAGAUGGAGUCCUGCAUUUCUCACACGUUUCUUCUUGGUCUUUUUCUUCACCGCCACCCAAUCACAGACAAUCCUGCCAACGAGAGAGAAGAGAGACUCCGAAAGUCCAGAGGAACGCUCGCGGCCAGUUGGGAAGUGAAGUCACGGCGGCGUUCGCGGUGGACAUGCACUUAAGAAUAAUAGCUGAAGAACUACCUGGUGGUACUGUGUUACAACAAAGACAUCUUUGAAUUUGGACAGAAUGUUGAAAUGCACAUUUUUGGGGAAAUAAUUAAGGAAAUGUUUUAUUUCAAAAGAGAAAAUUUGAGAAUAAGAAUUUUAAAAGGUGCUUCAGCCUUAUAUUGUACAUAAUAUGAAGACUUAAAAGAAUUUUUGUAAGUUUAUUAUUUUAAUCAUUGUUCUUUUAAAAGGAAAAAAUGCCUGCCAUGUUUUUUUUUUUUUUUUUUUUUAAAUAUGUUUAUGCUUUUGGGGGUUUACAAAAAACAGCCUUGCUUUUAGUGUUUUUACUGCUGCUGGCCAGAACAGCUUCUUCUGAGCAGAGGGAGAGAAAACGAAGUCCCUUCCUUGCCACCUUUUUACUCACAGCGUAGCGUGAUGUCCAUUUCAGCUCCUCCCCUGCUAACUUAACACAAUGUUUGCCUCCCGCUGGAGUGUGCACACAACCAGUUUUGUUACUUGACUGGCUUGACUUGAUUUUUUUUUUUUUAAUAGACAUGAAGUAAAGUUGCCAGCCAAUGUUGCUGGUUCCUGAAGACUCCUCCUCACACAUCAAAUAGCAUCAAGCGACAGGCCUUUGCCAGAUCCAAGCCUUUUAUCCACGACCAUGAGGGGCCGAGUGCCAAACAAUACAUUUCAAAUUCAAAUGAUUCAGCCAAAAAAACCUAAAAAUUACCAUAUCCAGAAUGGAAAUAAGCUAAAAAGCCUACAAACUCUCGUCGUAUCCCUUACAGGAGGUCCAAGGGUCCUCCCUAAUCAUCCAAGCUGUUGCCAACAUGUAAUCAAGUCAAAAUAACACAAAUACCAAUCUGUUUACAGCCUUAUCUGAGGCUCUAGUCAGAGACUCGUAGCAACCAAUCACCUCCAUGGAAUUUCACCCUUAAAUCCGUCUGGAAAACGUGUGGAAGGGAAAUCAUUCAAACGGAAGCACAACACCCUCUCAUUCAUUAUCAGCAUAUAAAUAAGUGCCUCAUUUAUUUUGGACUGUCGUCGAUCAAACUGUAGCUCAAAUGUAUCACGUCCCUUCAUUUUGCCUAAAAACUAAAAGUCGGGAGCAUCUCGGCCUGUUGAUUCGAGGGCCAGGUGAGCGUGAUGGCAAAAGCCCGGCCUCACCUUUCACCGUCCACGCACGGCCACGCCAGAGCGCCAUUACUCAGCGGAGGAUGUCUAGAUGCUGUGAAAUCCUGUUUUUGAAAAAUUUGUUCGUUUGAAUCCAUUGUAAUGUAAUAUAUUCUUUGUUGAAUGUAGUAAUUAGGUAUUUAUGAAUAUAUGGCUGUGAUU